UGCUUGUGCUGGUGCCGGCGGCGGUGGAGCUUUCGCGCAAUCAGCUGUUGGUGGCGCUCAGCUGACUACUACUACUACCAGCAACAACAUCAAUGCCUCCCUUGGUGACGCAAUGACCGUCAAGCACUGUGCAAUCGGAAUCCCCAUGGGCCUAUCAUUUACCGUUGAAGAACGCCAAAUACUGGGCAUUCAAGGUCUAUUACCCGCUGUAGUUAAAACCGAGGAUGAACAAGUACAACACGCACUCAUCUUGCUCGAACGUCUCGAAAAUGAUUUGGACAAAUAUAUAUAUCUCUCCGGCUUGGCCGAACGCAAUGAGCGUCUGUUCUAUAAAGUGCUGGGCACUGAUAUUGCCAAAAUGAUGCCACUGGUGUAUACGCCCACUGUGGGCUUGGCUUGUCAAAAGUUCAGCUUGAUUUUCCAAUAUCCAAAGGGUCUCUACAUCACCAUCAAAGAUAAAGGACACGUCUAUGAUGUGCUCAAGAAUUGGCCCGAAAGAGAUAUCCGCGCCAUUGUCGUCACAGACGGUGAGCGUAUUUUGGGUCUUGGAGAUUUAGGCGCCAACGGUAUGGGCAUCCCCGUUGGAAAGCUAUCUCUGUAUACCGCUUUAGCUGGUGUCAAACCACAUCAAUGCCUGCCUAUUACUUUGGAUGUCGGCACCAACACACAAAGCAUCUUGGAUGAUCCCUUGUACAUUGGACUGCGCCAGAAGCGUAUAACUGGACAAGAAUAUGAUGCCUUCGUUGAAGAGUUCAUGCAGGCCGUUGUACGUCGUUAUGGCCGCAAAUGUCUCAUUCAGUUCGAAGAUUUCGGCAACAGUAAUGCAUUCCGCCUUUUGGAAAAGUAUCGCGAUCAUUAUUGCACAUUCAACGAUGAUAUUCAAGGCACUGCCUCAGUUGCGGUGGCUGGUGUUUUCGCCUCUUUGAGACUGACCAAUACCUCGAUUAAGGAAAAUAAAAUUUUAUUCUUUGGCGCUGGAGAAGCCGCUUUGGGUAUUGCUAAUCUUUGUAAAAUCGCCAUGAUACGAACGGGGCUGUCCGAAGAGGAAGCGGUGGAACGCAUUUGGUUAGUUGAUAGCCGUGGCUUGGUUGUGAAAAAUCGUCCAAGCGGUGGCUUAACUGAACACAAAUUACACUUUGCUCACCAACAUGCACCUAUCGACAAUCUUUUGGAUGCCGUUAAAGCUGUCAAACCGACAAUGUUGAUCGGUGCUGCAGCUCAGGGAGGUGCUUUCACACCAGAAAUUCUUAGCUUAAUGGCCGAAUUAAAUGAAAAACCUGUCGUAUUUGCUUUAUCCAACCCCACCAGCAAAGCUGAGUGCACAGCCGAACAGGCGUAUCAAAACACAGAUGGCAGAGUUAUUUUCGCAUCCGGUUCACCUUUCGCACCUGUUACGUAUAAAGGCAAAACCUUCCAUCCAGGUCAAGGCAACAAUUCGUAUAUUUUCCCUGGCAUAGGCUUAGGUGUUAUUGCCGCCAGCAUCAAAACCAUUCCCGAAGAGAUAUUCCUAAUGGCCGCACAGAAAUUGGCCAGCUUAGUGCAAGAUGAAGAUCUGGCAAUAGGUAGCCUUUAUCCACCACUGGAAAAAAUCACUCAAUGCUCAAUUGAAAUUGCUGUUGCGAUUGUCGAAUACGCCUACAAAGAGGGAUUGGCCACUGUAUAUCCAGAGCCGGAGAAUAUUAGUGAAUUUAUUAAGUCUCAGAUGUACAAAGUAGACUAUACCCCCGCUGUUCCCGAAGUCUACUCGUGGUGUAAUAAAUUGUAAAUAUAAAUAUUUCGAAGCAAAAUGUUCCCGCAAAAGAAGUGAACAACUGUGAACUGAACACGGCGAAAAGAGUAGUGUAUUGUACGCCAAAAUUACUGUAUAGCAUCGUAUCCAUGAAAAUAUUUUCAAAAUCUUAAUGUGUAUAUUAACACCUAAUCAUAAACAUAAAAUAAAAACACAUAAAUUCCAAAUAUAA